UUUGAAAAUAUUUAAAGCCCUGAUUGGUCUGUUUCCACAGACAUGGAGGCCCCUGUACGGAUCCCACGGUUUCCCUCUGCUUGUGAUGUGGCCCCCAGGCUUCUGGGCCCCUCUCCUGGCACUGGUGAUCCUUCCUCCAAACCCCAAAAAGAUGAGGUGAAGAUGGAGCUGGAGAACUCGUCAUUAUGGAAGCAGUUCAGCUCAGUUGGCACCGAGAUGAUCAUCACCAAGAAGGGCAGGCGGAUGUUCCCAGGGCUCAGACUGAAACUCUCGGGUUUAAACCCAUCUCUCCGCUACAUCCUCCUCCUCGACAUCGUGCCGGCCGACAACUCCCGCUACCGCUUCCAAGGGGGCGGCUGGCAAGCUGUCGGAGGGGCAGAGGCAAGAUUACCCGACCGGGUCUUCAUCCACCCGGACUCACCUGCCACAGGCGCACACUGGCAGAGCCGCACGAUCUCCUUCCACUACGCCAAGCUUACCAACAACACCCUGGACACACAGGGGCAUAUAAUCCUGCACUCGCUGCAUCGCUACCAGCCCAGAGUCCAUGUGAUUGAAGCCAGAGAUAUGUUGAGAUGGGGCGGAGGACAGCACAACUUUGUUUUCCCCGAGACCCAGUUUAUCACAGUCACAGCUUACCAGAACAACAAGGUAUGGCUUAAUUUGACCCAAAACAAUCUUCGACUUUCUAUCAAACGUCUGACAGCCAUUGUUUGCACUAGAUUUUAUUCAAGGGUAUCGGGGAUCACAGAGCUGAAGAUUAACUCCAACCCCUUUGCUAAAGGCUUUCGAGAGGAUGGCAUGAACAGCAAAAAACAAAGAGAUGCAAGACAGAAACGCAAGAUAGCCACCCUGACUGAAACCUUGGAUAUUGUGAACUGUGAUCCAUGUGAAGCCUCCGAGCCCACAGCCGCCAGCUCAGACCUGCAGGCUCUCACUCUCACCUCCCUGCCUCCACUGCCCGACUCUUCCUGCGGGUUCAGACCUGAGGAGGCAUCCUAUCCAGUCCCAGAACACUCACUAGACCUCAGCCUGACGUUCAUGACCUCCCAGAUGUCUGAUAUCAGCGUCACAAUGGCGAACGGGAUGCAGGAAAAACAGGAAAAUGAAGCGGCACUCAGCAUGAUUGAAGGUCUCUUCCACAGCUCAGAUGCUAUGGUUGAACCAACCUAUGAGCCCAACUUCUCUACUGCUCAGUCCUCCUCUUUCUCCUCCAGAACAUCCCAUCCUCAACCAUCCUUCCGUCCUGUGGAAUACCCUUCCCCCAUGCUCCCUGCCACCCCUUCACUGCAGCAGACCUCCUUCAACUUCCCCACGCCACCACCUUCAGACUCCUCCUCCCCCUCUUCUGGCACCUUCCACACGGUCCCAGGGAUGGUCAGCCCCCACACUCCAGCUGCUUUUGGUGCCACAUCUAACACGUGUCCGUCAGAUCUGCAGGACCAAACAUCUCCUCACUCUCAGGGGCAGCAGGGGGACCCUGAUACUGAUGGAAGUACUGGGCCUAUGGUUCAGACCUCAGGAGCUUUUACUUAUCCAAAUGUCCUUCCUAUGAACACAGAUACUGAAUACAAGCCUUUAGCUGCUAGUCUGCCCUGCUCCCUCCCUUCUAAUUGUGCCGGCACCUCGUUUGCUUUGCCAUCCCUUCCCCAACAAAUGCAAACUGUCUCAUUUCCAACUUUGACGCCUAGCCCUACUCUGAGCUUCCCCAACCUGAGCCACCAAACUGCAGCCCCUUUCCUUCCUCCUUCCUCUUUCCCCCACUCUUCAUCCUCCCUUCCUCACCAUUCGUUCCCGCCCUCCUCUUGCCUGGCUGUGUCCUCCUCAUUCCAGCAGCCCCUCACGUCUGCAGCCCUUCCUCAGACCCAACCCCACCCCUCAUCUUCCUCCUACACCUGCUCAUACCCCUCAGCUGGGGUGAGUACCAUCCCUCAGUUCACUCCUGCUCCCCCCUAUCGCCCGGAGAUGGUACUGCACCGCCAGGCUCUUCUUCCUCAGCUGGAUGCAUCACUGUCUUCCUCCACACCUCCACAAGCCCUUUACCCCGCCUUCCCAUCAUACCCUCUCCGCCUGCACCAGGACCCUCACUCCUCCCUCCCUGCACCCUUCAGGCACCUUUACAGACAGCACCAGCAGAGCUAUCCUCACUCCCAGGGGUCCUACAUUAGUGCGAGAGCAGUGUUUUAAAUAUAUGUUACUGAAUGUUUGAUUUCAAGGCGCUUUCAGGGAAAUUAGCAAUAUUUAGAAUUAGGAGCAGUAGUAAACCUUUUGUGAAUGACCAUAAAUAGUGGGGAAAAUAAUGAUGAUUUGUACAUACUUUGAAGAUUUAUGUUUUAAGUAUUCAUUGCAGUGUGAGAAAUAAAAGUUUCCCGCUGAAGGAAUUUUGUGCUUUUUUUCUCUUUCUCCUAAAAUAAUAAGCGACACUACGUAUGAAAUAGAAAAUCUAACCAUCUCUUCACUUUCAUUAGUUAAUGAUGGUUAUAUAUGGACUGAGAGAGGAACACAUUAGGAACCCAACCAUGACUAAACAGUGAACUGCUGAUCAAAUGUCAUCAAAUAAUAUAUUAUUAGUUAAGGAUUAAUUAAUGGGCUGUUCAAUAGAAGAUGAGUGGGAACAAAUAGUGAAUUACCUGCUGUCUCACCAUUACUUAGUAAUUUUCUUCAUAACAAUUUCCACAACUGAUUAAUCUGUUAUUAAUUACACAUAAAUUAUGGAUAAAUAUAAAUAGGUGAGAAAGAACUUAAAGUCAUUAAUUUAUGAUAACUGAUCAUGCUUACAUAAUUAGUUAUGGUGGUUAGAUUUGGAUUGAUUGAGGAACAAAUAAGGAACUGUUUGCAAAGCAGUCACACCUGUAGGGUGAACCACUGAUCAAAUGUUAGCAAAUUACUAAUUAUUAGAAAAUGGUUUAUUAUUGCACUCUGAAAAAAGACAUGAAUAAGGAAUAGCUCAGGAACGGUUUGCUAACUAACCAUUAUUUAACUUCAUAUCAAAUUUAAUGCCUAAUUAUUAAUUAAUUAGUUGUGACAUAUUAGUUUUCAGGCCAUCACAGAGCUCAAAUAGGACUGAACUGGAAAUGAAAUAAUGAUAACUUCUUGAUCCAGUUAUAAAAAAUAAACACUGGUUAUUAAAAGAUCAGAUUAUUAUGAGGUAUGAGAGAAAAGUUGAAAAAAAACUCUACUCAUGGUUUUCAGGUUUUCUAAGUUUGGUCUAAAA